CUCGGGCCUCUCUCUCUGCUGGGUAUGAAGGUAUUAGGCUUGGCCUGUCACCUUGAAAGUGUCACCUAACUAUUCCAGGAGGCCGCAGAUCAGAAUUUUGUCCUGUCUCUGCUCCUGAAUUCUUCGCCUCCCCCACCGCCGUGGGCAAAGCUAUCACAGGGCAGGUCUGCGACUUGCAUCCAGUCUCCCGAAAUUUCAGUGCUGGACGUACAAAGACCCACGUCCCGUCUCCUCUCUUCCCAUUUGAGGCAAGUGUGAGGGAGUUACAGCGAUACCUCCAAAUCUCACAGACGGACACCACCAUACGUAAAGAUGCUCUCACUGCGUUCCGGGCACUGGUUCCUGGGAGCUGUACUCAUGGCUUUCAUGGCUGACAUUGCAGCCUGUCCAUCUUACUGCGUCUGUGACAACAUCCAACACGUGGUGACCUGCAUCAAGAAACAGCUCACAGAGGUCCCUGUCACCAUUCCAGAGGGCACCAAGCAGCUUGAUAUCAAGGGGAACAACAUCAACAUCAUUCCAACAGGAGCUUUCCUUCCGAUUCCCUAUCUGACUCACUUAAAUUUACAGAAAUGUAAGAUUCACCAUCUUGCAGAAGGUGCUUUCAGGGGGCUUGGUCAGCUGAUCUCCCUGAAUUUAGGCUUCAAUAGCAUUGAGUUAAUUUACCAGGAGACCUUUGAUGGCCUGAUGUCCCUUCAACAACUCAUCCUUAACAACAACAGGAUUGAGGAAAUCCGGCCUGGAGCUUUUGGCCAGCUGGGUUUCCUAAACUUCUUAAAUCUGGAAGGGAAUGUCCUGGUCUACUUGCCCCCUUUGGUCUUUCAGGGUCUCCAGCAAAUUAAAUACCUUCGCUUGUCCAACAACAUGCUCAACAAUAUUGCAGAUGAGGCCUUUGCUGGGCUGUGGACACUGAAGAGAUUGAGUCUGGAUGACAAUGAGCUUCAGUAUCUGCCAACAGAGGCCUUGUCCAGGCUCAAAAAUGUGGCCAGACUGGAUCUUGGUCGGAACCCUAUGACCCACCUUGGCGAAGAUUCUGUCCAAAUGGGUUCACUGAAGCACCUCAGUUUGGACAACAUGUCCCUUCAGGAGGUAUCUCAUGCAGCUUUUAUUCACAGCCCCGGGCUGGUGGUGAUUGACCUUCGUUACAACCAACUUCAGGUCAUGCAGCCCCUGGAGGGGCUUGAGGCCUUGAGAAUGAUCAACCUGACAGGAAAUCCAAUCCAGUGCAACUGUUUGAUGAUUCCUUUCCGAGAAUGGAUUUCCAACCGCACCAAGCUGAGGGCGGAGGUGUUCUGCAGUGCGCCGGGAGUGUUCCGUGAAGAGCGACUGGAUUCGCUGCGGACAACUGACCUGAAAUGUGUCAGCCGGCCCUCUGACCAUGAGGAUGAAGAGGAGCUCAAUCUCCAGAGCGAGGCGGAGAAAAAUAACCAAGAAAACCACCAGUGCCCAGAGCACUGUGACUGCAAACAUGACUUGCAACAUUCCAGCUGUGAGGGCAAGGGGCUACGCAAAAUCCCGAAGGGUUUUCCUGUAGAUGCCCAUCUUCUCGAUAUGCGCUAUAAUGACUUCUACUUAGUGCCCAGAGGCUCGUUCUCAGAUUUGAAAUCCCUGGUUUCACUUCAUAUGCAGAACUGCAGAAUUCAUGAGAUCCAUGCUGGUGCCUUCCGUGGCUUAAAGAAACUCAUUUACCUUUACCUGUCUGGUAAUGAGAUAUCGAGUCUCCAGCCAACCAUCUUUGAGGGGUUGCCACACCUGACUUACCUAUACUUAGACGACAACAAGUUAACAUCCAUUCCCAAGGGAGCAUUCAAACUGCUGCCCAACCUCUUUGCCCUUCACUUGGAAUACAAUCCCAUUCCCCAACUGACCGAUGAAAACAUGGAAGGAGCUGAGAACCUGCGAUGGCUCUACCUGACGGGCAACAACCUCACCUCCAUUUCUCCCACAGCUUUGCAGCCCAUCAGUGGGCUCCAGAGGCUGUUUCUAGACGAGAACAAACUGACGGCAGUUCCCACCAUUGCUCUCAUGGGAGCGCCAGUUCUGAAUGAAUUGAAACUAAACAACAAUCCAAUUAAACAAAUAGGUGAUUCUGCCUUCCUACCGGUGGCUGGUUCUCUACAACAUUUAUGGCUGAAUGAUAUGGGAUUGGAGACGAUCUUUGACGGGGCCUUUGAUGGACUGCAUUCGGGACUAGAAAGCCUCUACCUAGAGAAUAAUAAGCUGAGCAACAUUCCUGAUCUGAAGAAGUUCAAAAGCCUUCACACCAUCAAUCUAUCGAAUAAUCCUUGGAACUGUGACUGCCCACUCCUCCACCUCCGCAGGUGGAUUGCAAAUGCCAACGUAAAGGUCACAGCUGUCUGUAGCCUCCCAGAAAACGUCACGGGACUGAAUGUGAAAGAUGCCCCUUUUAAACACUGCAAAACCCGCCUUGCUGGGAAAAGGAAAGUUAGCCUGAAAAGUGGACGGGACAAAAGAAAGCCGGGAAAAGCCAAGCAGCAAAACAAAAAACAGAAGAAGGAUAAAGUGCAGUAUACUGUAGCUGACCUGACAAUGUAACCAGUGACAAACUAAACUGAACAAGGGGUGUUGGGGAUAGUCUGGCGGUGAGGGGAGGGUGGGGAUGAUGCUGACUGGCUUUUUAAAAACCAGAUUUGGUCAUUCUCACCCCCUCCAAGUUUUAGAAAUUGCAAUUGCUCGAGAAUAUUUUAUGGGUUUAACUCCAAAUGGGAUGUAUUAUUACUCUGUAAGCAAGAAACGCACACUCAAUACUCUGAUGCCCUCUGUAUAUUAGUGGCUGAAUAUCUGAUGAGUUUGUA